AUGCCCGGCUCCGUCCACCAGCCCGACGGCGGCGGGGGCGCGGGCGGCGCGGCGGGGCCCGGGGCGGCGGCCGGCGACGACCCCAGCCCGGGCCCCGAGGAGGCCGCGCCCCGGCCGCCGCCUGAGCCCGACGACGCGGCCGCCGCGCUGCGCCUGGCGCUCGGCCAGCUGUCCCUGCUGGGGCUGGGGGCCGCCGGCGACGAGGACGACGAGGGCGCGGGCGGCGGGGGCGGCGGCGCGGACGGCGGGGCGGCCCUGGAGCCGGCGCCCCCCGACGGGCCCGAGCCCGGCGCGCCCCUGGCUGCGGUGGCGCCGGUGGCCGCGGUGGCCCCGGUGGCGCCCGGGCCGCUGCCGCUGCUGGAGCCCGACGUGAGCCCCCCGCCGCCGCCGCCCCGGCCCUCGCCGCCCGACGUGUUCGCGGGCUUCGCGCCCCACCCGGCCGCGCUGGGCCCCGCGCCGCUGCUGGCAGAGCAGAUGAGCGUGAUCGGCAGCCGCAAGAAGAGCGUGAACAUGACCGAGUGCGUCCCCGUGCCCAGCUCGGAGCACGUCGCCGAGAUCGUGGGCCGCCAGGGCUGCAAGAUCAAGGCCCUGCGCGCCAAGACGAACACUUACAUCAAGACGCCGGUGCGCGGCGAGGACCCCGUGUUCAUUGUCACGGGCCGCAAGGAGGAUGUGGAGCUGGCCAAGCGUGAGAUCCUGUCAGCCGCCGAGCACUUCUCCAUGAUCCGCGCCACGCGCAGCAAGGCCACCGGGCUGCCCGGCGCGGCACAGGGGCCCCCCAACCUGCCGGGCCAGACCACCAUCCAGGUGCGGGUGCCCUACCGCGUGGUGGGGCUGGUGGUGGGCCCCAAGGGCGCCACCAUCAAGCGCAUCCAGCAGCGGACACACACCUACAUUGUCACACCUGGCCGUGACAAGGAGCCCGUGUUCGCCGUCACCGGCAUGCCGGAGAACGUGGACCGUGCCCGCGAGGAGAUCGAGGCCCACAUCACGCUGCGCACUGGCGCCUUCACCGACGCCGGCCCCGACAGCGACUUUCACACCAACGGCACUGACGUGUGCCUCGACCUGCUGGGCGCUGCCGCCGGCCUCUGGGCCAAGGCCCCCAACCCAGGCCGGCGGCCCUCUGCGGCCACCGCCGGCCUGCGUGGGGACGGGGCCCUAGGCGCCCCUGGGGGCCCCGAGGCCUUCUAUGCAGGCAGCCGCGGGGGGCCCCCGGUGCCUGACACGGGCCCCCCCAGCCCCUACAGCAGCCCGGGCAACGGCGGCUUCACCUUCGGUGGGGACGGCCCCGGGGCCCCUGUGGCAGGGCCCGCUGCCCCUGAGGACUGUGACUUUGGCUUCGACUUCCUGGCGCUGGACCUGACCGUGCCCGCUGCGGCCACCAUCUGGGCCCCUUUCGAGCGGGCCGCACCCCUGCCGGCCUUCAGUGCCUGCUCAUCCGUCAACGGGGUGCCGUCCGCUGCAGCUGCCCGUCGCCCCAGCGGGACUGGCACCCCCCGCCACUCGCCCACACUUCCCGAGCCCGGCAGCCUGGGCCUGGAGCUGCCGCUGGCCCGCCGCGCCCCCGACCCGGUGGGCGCCCUGCCCUGGCUGCCCCCAUCCCCACAGGGGUCGCUCUCGUCCUUCUCCACCAGCUCCGGCUUCUCGGCCGCCGCCGCCUCGCUGCCCAGCAGCACCUCGGCCCCCUCCAGCUCCCCCCUGGACUCGAGCACCUCUGAAAGCAGCCGCAAGCCAGCGGCCACCGUGUCCUCGGCCACAGUGACCGCAGUGGCCCCAGCCCCGGCACGAGAGUGUGUGGUGUGUGCUGAAGGCCAGGUGAUGGCUGCACUGGUGCCCUGUGGCCACAACCUGUUCUGCAUGGACUGCGCCCUCCGCAUCUGUGGCAAGAGCGAGCCCCAGUGCCCGGCCUGCCACACGCCCGCCACCCAGGCCAUUCAUAUCUUUUCCUAGCAGGGGACCUUGGGGCGACCAGCCCUC